GACCUGGAGAGGGAUAGAGCGGAACCGGAGACAGGAUAGCCUGCGAUUGGGAGACGGGGAUAACCCGGGAUAGGGAGAGACGGUCCAGGAUAGUCCGGGACUCUCUGAACCGGGAGCCAUGCUCCAGAGUCCGGCUGGAGCUGCGGCCGCUCCCCCCGAGAGCAGUAGCUCCUCGUCCCCGCCGGCGGGCAGCCUCCAGCCGGCAGCCCCUCAACCUCCACCCGCUCCUCCUCCAGGAGCUGCCCUUCUCCUGGCCAGGGAUCGGGAGUCUCACCUUUCCACUCCCUACAGCGGCUCGGAGCCCAGCACGGAUGACGAGGAGGAGAUGGUGGUCACUCCGGCCCCGGUCGAUAGGAGGGGAGCCAAGCGGAGACUGUCGGAGCUGGAGGCGGCAGCGGCUGCGGGUCUCGCCGGGGUGAGCGGCCAUGAAGCGGGCCUGGAGGGCGGCGGCGGCGGCUUGGCGGCGGCUGUAGGCGGAUAUGGAGCCGCGGCGGCCGGGGCCGGAGCUGGAGCUGGGUCGGCAGCUGGAGCCGGCCUCAAACCCGGCAAGAAAACCAGGGGCAGAGUAAAGAUCAAAAUGGAAUUCAUCGAUAACAAACUGAGGAGGUACACAACUUUCAGCAAGAGAAAGACCGGCAUCAUGAAGAAGGCCUACGAGCUCUCCACACUGACGGGUACCCAGGUUCUCCUCCUGGUGGCUAGUGAGACAGGACAUGUGUACACAUUUGCCACAAGGAAACUGCAGCCUAUGAUCACCAGUGAGACAGGGAAAGCGUUGAUCCAGACCUGUUUAAAUUCCCCUGAUUCCCCGCCACGCUCAGAUCCCACCACGGAUCAGAGGAUGAGUGCCACAGGAUUCGAGGAAACUGAUUUGACAUAUCAGGUAUCGGAGACGGACAGCAGUGGGGAAAAUAAGGUCUUUAGCUCCCUGAGAGGAGCUUUCUGUGGGCGCUGCCCCAUGCCUGAGUUGCUGAUUGUCUUGAACAGGCUGCUACCCAUUUCCAGCAUCCCUUGUGGUUAUGGCAAGCACUUGUUUUUUCACAUUGUUAGUGGUAAAAAGCUGCCUGCUACAGGUACAGCAUUACCAGGCACACCAACCAUCCCCAUUGGUCAGCUACAGCAGCAUUCCCUGGCCAUCCAGGGUCAACAGGGUCAGGUGGUGACCAGUCAGUCGCAGCAAGGACAACAGACGGUCUUUCGCUUCCCAGCAUCUGCAGGCGGACAGAUUGUCUCCAUCGCAGGCGAGUGUCGUUGUCUAGACUCAGUGAAAGCGGAUGACCUGUCCUGCUGCUCUCCGGAUGCUCAGUAUUCAAACUAA